UUGUAGUCUUGAUAAGUAUAUCUCUAGUCUUCGGCUCAGAAAGCCAGCGCCACAAUCUGAUAUGAUUGACGAUUUCAUCAUCCAGUUCCCUAGCAGGUACCAGUAGGUGCGGUGAGUGGAACGGCCAAGAGAAAGUGAAAUGUCAUCGUUACCUCCAUCAUCUGGAAGUAUCUACCCGUCCUCCACCUUUCACCUCCUGCUCCUUCCCUGCCUCAAACAACCUAACACACCAACAAACCCGCCCCUUCCCAAACAAACGCAAACAGUCCUUCAUAAGCCUACCCUUUGCUGCCACAUCCCAACAAGAACCCCCAAAAAAUACCCUACUGGUGUAUCGGUUAACAUGGCGGAUUCUCAAACUCAUUCCACACAGAGUGCAAGUCUUCCGCAGCGCAGGGUUCAACUCCCUGGUAGGGUAAUCUUUUUUCUCUGUUUUCUUUUGGGUAUUUCUUUUCCAGCAUAUGGUCUCACUUCCAAAUCUACCAACGACUGCCAAAUGUCGAGUGCUCCUGUAUUUGACCGAUUUUUCUAUGGUGGCCAAGUUACCACUUUGGUACUAACGAAUCUGACCUACCGACCUAUACCGACGCCAUCGGAGACUGCGUUCCAGACCCGAAUUACAUACCUUACCUUCAUGCAGCCCUACAAGGCUGAGUCUCACUGUCUUAGUCUCACUGUCCCACCGGCGGUCGGCACCGAGGGACUGGGGAACGGGAGCGGGAUGUGAAAGUGUGAACGGCGCAGUCCCCCCACUAGUCCUUUUACGAUACCGACGGAAGCUUGAGUGACGCCGCUGCGUUCGAGGCCAUCCCGGUAGAGGUAGAUUGGGACUCGGACCGAAAAGUGUCAGCCACCCCGGGGUUGUCCAGUAGGGCUGUAGUGCUGUAGGGGGGCGGUUAGUAGGCACCAUAGGCAAGAACCUCUCACCGCUUCCGUAUUCUACUGUGUAGAGGUGAUAAGCGCGGGUGGUUACACAGAGUUUGGAGACCUCUUUGGCGGCGGGUUAGUCAUUGUUAAGAUUUGGCACGUUACAUUAAUACAUGGGAAUUGUGCGGUC